CCACCCCCAAGUUCCAGGCUUCCAGCCCCCUUCCAAAUGGAACCUGACCAUUCCGCGUCAAUUCAUCCUCCAUGACGGGGGAGUAAGGUCUCCGUACGGAUCCAACACCUCUAGCAAUUCUGCGCUGACUGUGCCGCUCGCAUAUCAAACAAGAUUAGACUCAUCCUUGCCUUACCUUACCUUGGAGAGACAAUACACACGCUGCCUCUUUCAGUCUCCGUCCCUUCCGACGUCACCUUAUCUCAAGACCUUAAGCUCGUCGUCUGCUCCAACCCCGGCCUCGCGCCGUUUGAACUACAAUCUACAGGCCUCCCCCCGGUCCCUCGAGCGGUAAUGGACAAAUCGUAGAACUGUAUCCAUACCUUACUUUUCUCUUUCUAGGGGAGGGUUACUUUCGCGUAGAUUUCCGUUUCGCGGAACAACAUCAACCACCUCACCACCAAUUCACGGCCCCUCAUCUUCAAGCUCCCAGCCCCUCGUUUGCUCGCUCAUUCGCGCGCAAUCAUCAAGUGCUCUAUUCAAACGCACUUUGGGUCAUGUCGUCGUCGUCGUCGUCGUCGUCGUUGCUGCUGUCGUCAUCAUCUUCUUCAUCGUAGUCGUCGUUUCCAUCUGAUGUCAAUGCCCAUGGUUCGUGCUUUGACACCACAGCGCAAGGUGACAAGGCUCUUUGCAAGCUUUGCUUCUGAGUAAAUCAAUUUCAACUCUGCCAGUCACGCCACCUGCAUUCACACAACCUCUCUCCAUCUCGGCACAUCGAGCCGAGUUCCCGUCCAAGUCGCGAAUCUUGGAUACGAUCAGACAACACGGCGGCGCCAUGGUCCAACAAGCGCAAUCCGAUUCUCAACCUCAGCGUCGAUCAGCUGCCGCCGACAUGUCCGUUGCCAACAACACCAGCGCAAGAUCCCAACACCCAUCAAAGAGCCCAGCGCCACCUCACGAUGAGGCUCAGGUCGCAAAGAUUCCUCACUUCCUCCCUCACGAGCGCGUCUUCCCCAUACAGAUAGGCAAUGAGCUGUUUAAGCUCUCCGGCGCAUCCAUUUCAUCCGAUGCGCCGUCGUACUUCUCUCAAUACUUUUACUGCCAGGUCAAAAAGGCACAAGAAACCGGCGAGGACCUCUCCAAUGCCAUCCGCACCUUGUACAUCGACCGCGAUCCCCAGACCUUUGCCGACAUCUCCCUCCACCUCCAAGGCUAUCAUGUCAAACCCAGAGACGGCACGCACUUUGUGCGACUAUUUGCCGACGCCCAAUUCUAUAGCUUGCCCAAGCUGAUAUCACAGCUCUACGAGGAGUCAAUAUUCAUCUCCAUCGGUCACCGCGAGUUUCAGAUCCCCCGCGAUAUCUUCACCGACCCAGGCAAUUCGCCAAACUUCUUCUCCCUCGGCUUCGCAGUCUUCUUCUCGAACCCCGAAGACCUGUUCCCCGGCCUUGACCGCGAAGGCCUCCUCCGCCCGCCCUCCAUCCUACCGCCGUCCGUCCCAAACCGCUCCGCCGAUACCUUUGCCGAGAUCCUACACCUGCUACGCGGCUACCCCGUAACGAUCCGCAACGAGUCGCACCGCGCCGAGCUACUGCGAGACUGCCGCUACUUCAACUUCAAAGGCCUGGAGCAGAAACUCAUCCCCCACCACAUCAGCCACAACCAGAGCCGCCGGCGCGAGGAGAUCCUCCUGCGCCUCGAAGACAUACUCAAAAGCGGCAUCAGCGUCGCCGCAGACGUCUCGCCCUCCCCCGCCGACCACCUCUCCGGCUGGGUAAACUACGCCCGCCCCUACGUCGACGACCGCGCGGCGGAGCUGGUCCUCGAAAUCGGCGGCGAGAGCACCCGCCUCCACUUCCACCACAGCUCCGGCUCCGUCCGCGCCGAGUUCUUCAAGGACACCCGCGCCCGUGUGGCGCGCCUCUUCGAAGUCGUGGCCACCAAGCUCAACCUCCCGCCGACGACGCAACCCCUAGGCCUCCUCAUGGCCUCGGGCGGCGCCGGCAGCCAGCCCCCGACACCGGGACACACCCCGCUCAGUGAGGACCUCGUGCGCGUGUCCAUCGACAGCGACACCUCCAUCACCCUCGACGGCAGACCACACACCCUAGACUUUGAAGACCUACAGCCCGUCACCGCCAACAACAGCAACAACAACAACAACAACCCCAUGUCCGCGGCCUCGAGCACAGCCGAAUCACCCACAGCAACGACAGCGUUCCAGCCCAACUCGCGCAAGCGGAGACGGGUCGACUCUCACGGCUUCGCGACGGCCGCAGGCCAGGGCCAGGCGGCGCUCGCGGCCGAGGAGUGGGUAGUUCGGACGGGCCAAUGGAGGCUCAAGAUCCAGGGGUCGCGCGGCGGAAAGAGCUCCGUCGAGUGCGUGCUCGUCGCCGUCAAGCUCGACGCGUAUAGCUCGGAGAAUGCAAGGAAUGCAAACAGGGGGUUCCUGAACGGAUGAUGGGGGCUGCCUGCUUUAGACGGAUACCACCAAUAUGCAUUCGAACCGCUUUCCAUCCCCCCUUGCCCCGCCUUCCGGUCUUGAGUCUUUUCACAAUCGUUCGAUAUAGGUCGCAAAGUUGGGAUAUCCAAUAUGUUUGAGGAGUUGUUUGGGAUCCUUGUUUUUUUUUUUUUCUUGUGUUCCCAGGGGAGCGGGCGGAAAAGCGACGGGAAGUGGAUAUACUAUACUACCUUCUUGCAUGACGUUACGACUUUUUGAUAUUACUCGCUAUACUCGCUAUGCUUUUGCUACCUAUACCAUUACCAACUAUCAACAACGUCGAAAAAAGUAGGGGGAAUAUUUUUCGAGGCGAGACCUUCUUUAAAGAGAGAAAGGGGGUUAGAAGGGGG